AUGUCCUUUCUCCAUACCCACUCGAGCGAGUGUUUAAAAAGCGAGCUCGAUCUCUUUUCUAUUCCGCCUACGCAAACCAGCAUUGAAAGUUCACAAUGGAUUUAUUACAAACCAGUAACAUCGCUCGCGGACGACGCGCCUGUAGAAUUCGUCAUACCCGGGCACGGAGAAGACUACCUGGAUCUCACUCACACCCUGCUGAGUCUACGUAUACGGGUAGAAAGCACCGCCGCCGCAGCGUCCGGAGAAGGCGUUGCCUCUGGCAGCGCUACCAUUGUGCCCAAAGUAGGCCCCGUAAAUCAUCUACUACAUUCCAUGUUCAAUCAAAUCGAUGUUUAUUUCAAUCAAAAGCUCGUGUCACCAGCAAACAACGCUUACGCAUACCGCGCGUACAUCGAGGCAUUAUUAAAUUAUGCUACACCCGCAAAAACCUCCCAUCUGACCUCCGCCCUAUGGGACGAAGAUCUCCCCGGAAGCAUGGACGAUUCGAUAGAAGCAGGUGGCAAUCCAGCACUUCAAAGACGCGCAAACUACAUUCAAUCAAAACGUGCGCUAGAUCUCAUCGGCCAUCUUCACUGCGACGUUUUCAAUCAAGAUAAAUUUUUAAUUAACGGUGUGGAAGUUAGAGUGAGACUCGUUCGUUCAAAAGACGCGUUUUGCUUAAUGGAGACUAAUUCGCUAUCGAAAAUUCGAAUUCUAGACGCCAGUCUGCUCGUAAGAAGAGCGAAAAUAAGCCCCGGUGUGCUACUCGCACAUGCGAGAAUGUUGAGUAAAACCACCGCUAAGUAUCCGCUCACGAGAGUCGAGGUUCCUAGUAGACCGUUACAGCCGAGCUUUGCGAACGGCGCAGAGCUCUACGUUGAAGCUUAUCACACUCUCUUCUCGGGUACGGGCAUUCACUUUUUGAACGAGGGUAAUUCUAUUAAUAGAGAGGAUUAUUACAGAGGAUACUGCCUCUUCGCUUUUGAUCUUACUCCCGAUCUAUCCGCUAAUUGCGCCGGCCAUUGGAAUCUUGUGAAACACGGCAGCAUGCGAUUAGAAGUACGAUUCGACAAGCCUCUCGAGGCGACCGUCAAUUGUAUCGUUUAUGCAGAGUUCGAUAAUGUUCUGGAAAUCGAUUCUUCUCGACAAGUUAUUGUCGAUUUUUCCAGUUAG